CUCUUAUCAUUUCACACCAUCUCCAUUGAUGCCAAAGAAUUGAAUGCUAGUACAGCAUUUGAUAAUACAUGGACCACCGCUACAGAUUUGGAAAACGAACUGCAGCAAAAAAGAUCUGUCAAAAUGUAUCCACCGUCGACGAGUAGUAUUAUAAAUCUUAUGGCCAUUUAUGGCGGCUGGUCCGCCUGGUCGGAGUGGUCGAUGUGUUCACGUCCCUGUAGCGGUGGCAUAAUGCAACAAACACGUCGCUGUGAAAAUCCUAAUGGUUGCAAUGGCGAACGUAUCCGCUAUCGCAUUUGUAACACACAGACGUGUCGUGAAAAAAUCGAUUUUCGUGAAAAACAUUGUACCGCGCUAAAUAUGGUGCCAUAUGCGGGGAAAUUAUACAAAUGGAUACCGGAAUAUGAUUUGAAAGAGCCAUGUGUGUUGGCUUGUAGAGGUUAUCUGGUUGACAAAGAACGUGCCCACAAAUCAUCGGGAAGUGAUACGGAUGACCAGAGUGUAUUAGUACCAAUGAGUCCCCAUGUAAUGGAUGGAGAACGCUGCCGUCCGCCAUCGUUGGAUAUGUGUGUGCAGGGAAAAUGCCAGCGCGUUGGCUGUGACUUGAAAAUUGGCUCAACAAAAAAACUUGACAUUUGCGGCAUUUGUGGCGGCAAUGGCAGCUCCUGUUCACCGACGCUUUACCAAUGGGAACUGGUACCGGUGUCCUUGUGCACCGUCUCCUGUGGUGGUGGCUAUAAAAUGCCACGUAUUGUAUGCCGCAGUCGUAUGACUGGCUCCGAAGUGGAUGAUUCCCUGUGUAAUGCUGCUAAUCGUCCCGAACCAUCGGUGGAAUUGUGUAAUACACACACCUGUCCGCCCCGAUGGAUUGCCGACAACUGGAGUACAUGUGAUCGCCCAUGUGGUCCAGGCAUGCGUAGCCGUAUGGUAGUUUGUGCUGAAGAAAACAAUGGUAUAAAAACUAGAGUUGCCGAUAUGUUAUGCCCCAAACCAAAACCACCGAUGCAGGAGCAAUGUAUUAUUACUGAGUGCCCCAAAUGGAAAGUUGAAAAGUGGUCAACGUGCUCCGAAUCCUGUGGCGAAGGAAUACAAAUACGUAAUGUGGAAUGCAGUGCUGCAGAUGGUGGGUUAAGUGACAAAUGUGAUCCCCUUACAAAACCGGCCAGUGUCCAAAGUUGCACCACAGGGCUGCUGUGUGAGCCCAAUUCUAUCAAAAACUCCAGGGUCGCCCUGAACAUGGACCACAAGUUGCUGAGCGACAAUGACGACGACGAAGAAGAUGACGCAGACACCGAUGUGGUUGAUGAUGAUUCCGAUAUCGACGAUGAUUAUGCCGAUGAUACGUUCUUUGACAAACAACCGCUUUAUUUACAUCAUCGCAUGAGUCGUUUCCAUCACGAAGAACCUGAUGGACCACAAAUGAUGCGUUUACAAUCAUCUGGUCGUUAUAAUUCGGAUGAAGCUAUGCCAUCGGAACCAACUUACAUGAAAGAUCCUGAUUGGUCACCGUGCAGUGUCACCUGUGGUGUGGGAAUACGUCGACGUACAUAUAAGUGUAAAAUAUUCUUACAAUUCUCCCGAACCUUGGCCACAAUUAACGAUACGAUGUGUGAAGGCAAAAAACCCCACGACGAAGUCGAACGAUGUGUAGAAGAACCCUGUGUUAUGCCAUCACAUGGCUAUGAAGAACCCUAUCAUCGGGAUUCGAUAAAAGUUGGUGUUUCCGAACCUGGCAAAACCUAUGUGUGGCGGGAGCAGGGUUACACCUCAUGCAGUGGCAGUUGUUUGGGUGGUGUUGAAGAACUUAUUAUUAAUUGUGUGCGGGAGGAUAAUGGGCGAGUGGUUUCACCAUUUUUAUGUUCUCCCGAAACAAAACCCGAGGCACGUAUACGGACCUGCAACGAUCGUCCUUGUCCACCGAGAUGGAAUUAUACAGAAUUUACUCCCUGUUCAAAAACUUGUGGCAUUGGUAUUAAGACAAGAGAGGUGCAAUGUGUACAUGAGGUUACACGGGGUGGUGACAAUGCCAUGGUGGUGCCCAACAGUAUGUGUCCCCAACCACCACCUGCUGAUCGGCAAUAUUGUAAUGUUCUCGAUUGCCCUGUUCGCUGGGAGGUGGGCGAGUGGUCCAAGUGUUCCCACACCUGUGGCUACGGCAUUAAAGAACGAAAAGUCGAAUGUAAACAGGUUAUGGCCCAGGAACAUAAAUUGGAACGACCGGAGAUUAUGUGUGCCAGUGCCAAGCCACCGGAGAAGAAACCCUGCAACAUUAGACCCUGUCCCGCCGAGGAGCCCAAGCCGGUUAUUGAAAUCAGCAACACCACACACAUACAACAUGAUCCGCGCAAAACAAAAGUCACACUGAAUAUUGGUGGAGCGGCGGUGGUAUUUUUUGGAACCCAGGUAAAGAUAAAGUGUCAUGUCAAAGGCUUUGAUCGUACAAAAAUCAAAUGGAAUAAAGAUGGCAAACCCCUGGAGAAGAGUAAAAAAUUCCGAGUCUCAAAAAAGGGAGCACUGCAUAUACUUAAUAUAACAUUUAGGGAUGCUGGUGUGUACUCGUGUGAGGCCGGACCUUCGAAUGCUGAGAUAACGGUGGAUGUUAAGGCCAAACCGGGUCAACGACAAGAGGAAUUGGAACAGCAACAAGAAAAUAUGCUGCCUGAAGGUAGUGGUGACGAUUCAAUGGAAGCUGCUGAAAUUAUGGCUCCAACGAACAGGUAA